AUGGAGUAUGAUGGAGAACUAGAUGAAGAAGCUGAGGCUUUUGGUGCAGAAUUAGAGAGCUUGUUACAAGGUGAUAUAGGCAUCAAUAUGGUGUUUAUCUUGCCAAAAACGUUCAAGGCAGCAGAAGGGCAAGAAAACACUCUGGAGGGAGAUGUGUUCUCCCAGAAAAGUCUUCUGCUUCACAGAUUGCUCAUCAAGAUGGGCAGAACAGAGAAGGACCUGAUUCCAACACGCUUGAUUGUCACCAACUUUGCUGAGGGCAUCACUAUGACUCAUGGAAUCCUAGAUGUGGACGUCAUAGUCGGAACCAAAGAGCUGAAGAUUGCGUUUUUCGUGGUAGACACCACUUCUAUCACUUACAAUGCAUUGCUUGGCAGGGACUGGAUCCACUAG